AAAAAGGGUUGGAGAAAGAGGGGUGUACAUGGUUAUGGCGAUAAAAGGGGGUGUACAGUGAUGGGUGUUCAGAUCGAGGUUGGGAAGCAGAAAGGCGGUGCGACAGCUGGCGAGAGAGGCAUGCAGGAAGGGUACAGCUGGGCGGGUCGAGAGCAGUUAGGGAAGAAGGCAUGCAGGAAGGCAGGAGGCAGCGUCGAUGACAAAGUGACAUGGAGCCAUCACGGUGGAGAAAAACCCGAAACGGACAGCGGCUGAUCUCAAGGGAGGGAGGGUAAGACGGCGAAGCCACUCAAUAUGCUGCUGAGAGAAGAUACGGCAUGGAGUUGGGGGAGAGAGCAGGAGGAGGCGUGGCAGACACUGAAGGAGGCUGUGAAAACGACCCCCAUGCUGAAGCUGCCCGAUCCCGAGGAACCGUUUUUGCUGUACACGGACUGGAGCAGUAGCGGCAUGGGGGCGGUGCUGUGCCAGAGGGAGAAGGGGACAGAGAGGGUGGUGGCUUACGCCAGCCGGUCAUGCAGGCCAGCGGAGAGUAACUACAGUUCAUACGAGGGAGAAGGGCUGGCGGCGGUAUGGGCGGUGGAGCUGUUUCGAUCAUAUCUGCAGGGGCGAAGAUUCACCCUAGUAACUGACCAUCAGCCAUUGCUCUGGCUCAUGCGGAACCAAACCCUGAAGGGCAGGAAUGCGCUUUGGGCGAUGCGCUUCCAGGAGUUCGACUUCGAGAUAAAGCAUAGGCCAGGCAAAACCUUGCAGCACGUGGAUGGGCUGUCGCGGCAAGACAAAGGGGAAGGGGAAAAGAGGCAGCCGACGGCCGAGAUCACUGUCGCACGAAUUGACAUAACGAAUGUGUUAUGAAAAUCCGUGGGACAACUCGGGAAGUUUAAGCAAAAAGGGUUGGAGAAAGAGGGGUGUACAUGGUUAUGGCGAUAAAAGGGGGUGUACAGUGAUGGGUGUUCAGAUCGAGGUUGGGA